UUCUGUUCUAAAAGCUUGCGAGCGCGUUCCAGUAACGUGUCUGUCAGAAAUACAUAUAACCUUUUGAUUUUUCCUUCAUUUUCAAAAUUAAAUACAGCAAACACAUAAAUGGAUCACACUUGGGUACCGUGCAAUGUCUACGGGGGCUUGCCACCCUUUGCAAUUGUGGCUGGUAACGACUCCGAUGGCGACACUAUUUACGUGGGUCGUGCCUAUCACAAUGGCGAUAUGCUGCCCGCCAAGAUCAUUCCCAGCAAGCAGCAAGCCUAUGUGGCCUGGGGUGGCGAGGAGAUCAACAAACACGACUUUGAAGUGCUAACUGGUCAUCAUUACUGCUGGAUUCCAGAGAGCGGCGGACGUGUGCCCCCACAUGCCCUGCGCGUUGGUCAGACCACGGAUGGAGAGCCUUUGUUUGUGGGUCGUGGCCAUUACCACGGUAGCUUGACUCCCGGCAAGGUGCAUCCUUCGCACGGCUGUCUCUACAUUCCGUAUGGCGGUGCCGAACACAAACUGGACUCCUACGAAGUGCUUGUUCAGCCAGAAACCUGGGUCUCCUCCCAUGGCAGCAAUAUUGUGCCCGGCACCAUUUUGGCUGGCCACGAUGCCGAUGGCGACGCUAUCUAUGUGGGACGCGCCUAUCACGAGGGCGAUUUGCUGCCAGCCAAGGUGAUUCCCAACAAGAGCUGCGCCUAUGUCCCCUACGGCGGACACGAGCACGUGAAGCACGACUUUGAACUGCUGGCUGGUUAUGGCUAUGGUUGGGUGCCAGACGCCAAUGGCCAUGUGCCACAUGGCGCCGUUGUCUGCGGUCGCACCAACGAGGGGGAGCCCCUCUAUAUCGGACGUGGACACUAUAACGGCAGUUUUACUCCUGGAAAGAUUCAUCAGUCGCAUAACUGCCUGUACAUUCCCUUCGGCGGUCAGGAGGUGCGUUUGGACCACUACGAGGUGCUUGUAAAGGCCUAAAUAGUAGACAAGCUUUUGGAUUUUGUAUUCUUUCACCUGUUGUUGGCAUUUUCUGUAUCAACCUAACUUAUGCAUUCCAUUUGUAAUUAAAAUUUAUUCUGUUCUA